UAUUAACUCAGUACAAAGUCGCCAGUGAAUCAAACAAGAUGUCCACAAAACUUUGUGCACUAAUUCUCCUCACGCUAGCUACAUUUUCACUACAGUCGAAUAAUGACAAUUUUUUCGUCGUCUCUACUACCGAAAGCACUAACAACCUCGACACCAACACCCAACAAGCCGAGACAAACUGUAAAGAAAUUCAAAAACAAGGUCACAGGAUUUCGGGGAUUUACACCAUCAGACCCAGGUACGCAUUAGUACCUUUCAAAGUGUACUGCAACAUGCGAACUCAAGGUGGUGGCUGGACCGUCAUUCUGAACAGAUACGACGGAUCUCAGGACUUUUACUUGGACUGGAAUAGUUACAAGAAUGGGUUUGGAAAGCUGGAGGGCGAAUUUUGGCUAGGUUUGGAGAAGAUGCAUUUACUGACAGGAUACGAGUACAACGAGUUACUUAUUGAACUAGUAGACUGGGACGAUAAAGAAGUCUAUGCACGAUAUAAGACCUUCAAAGUUGGAACUGCAGAAGAUCAAUAUACGAUGGAGAUCUUGCGAGGGUACAGUGGUACCGCUGGAGACUAUUUCUCCCAGGAAGCUGGAAUGAAAUUUACGACUAAGGAUAGAGAUAAUGAUUUAUGGGCCGAAGGUAAUUGUGCUGAUUGGUCGAAUGCCGGAUGGUGGUACCGUAGUUGUAAGAGAACUCAUUUGAGUGGAAAACUCUUGGGCAAGACUUUUCCUCCGUCGGAUAUAUGGAAGAGAACAUACUGGAUUGGUUCCAACGGAAAGGAUUACAGUUUGAAGGAAGUGAGAAUGAUGGUUCGACCAUUGCGUCCAGAUCUGUGAACACUUUUUGGACGAUUAUUGUGUUUACAAAUCAGAAGUUUAAUCAAACAUUUUUAAAGUAUGUUUUGAAUGCCUUUGUAUCUAUAGUAAAACCCCACCAGUUCGCUUAUUAAUAUAACGAGGUUAAAUCCAAGUCUCUUGGAAAGAAAACAAUUGAUAAGGCAGCGUUUGCAUAAAUUUCUUUAGAAAAAUUCCCCUUUUAACGCUUUAACUGUGUUUAAAUUUUUGUGAUGAGUAAUGUAAGAUCACAGAUAAUUGUCGCUAUAAAUAUUUUAUUUAUGAAUAAAAUUGUUUAUUUUAUACUAAGUACUAAA